AUGGCUGUUACUUUUCCGACCGCAGUAGUUGUUGCUAUAGGCAUUUUGACACUGCUAUACAUCAGCACGAGGCGUGGAAGAAAAGUUGGCGAGGACAAAUAUCGACCCCUCCUCAAACUUCCCCUCAUCGGAGACUUGCACAGCUCUCCCAUAGAAAAGCCACUGCUUAACUGGGACUCAUGGGCAAAGAAAAAUGGCCCAAUUGCGGUUCCAAAGCUUUUUGGUAUCAUUCCAAUUGUUGUCCUCAGCUCGUUCGAGGCCGUGACGGAAUUGUUCAGUCGUCGCAGCCAGUGGUAUAGUAACCGCCCGGCCUCGGUUAGCAUGGAAAUGAUUACAGGUGCAUCACCAGGGCAGUCAAAAUUCACUUUGAUGCAUGACUAUGAUGAUCACCUAAAAUUGCACCACCGCGUUCUCGCGCCUAGUCUUGGUGCCCCUGCUGCCCCUAAUUACCAGCCAUUGAUUGAACUGGAAUCAAAGCAGCUGCUCUUUGACAUUUGCAAUCGUCUAUCAGAUGGCACUGGUUUGGUCAGUACAGACAAGAUAUACCCGAUGUUAGAGCGAGCCCAGUCAAGCGUUAUUCUAGCGCUUCACUAUGGUCUUCGUAUCCCACACUUCGAGGAUGACAUUCUUCAUGAAGUGAUCGACAUCCAGUCCAAGGUGACCCAUCUAGCUGCCAAUCCUGGCUUGCCGGAUAUUAUCCCACCUCUACGACACCUGCCGGCUUCCUUGUCCCCCUGGAAAAGUGCCGCAGACGAGCUGUAUUCCACCCAAGUGGAUUUAUACAUGCGCUUGUUUCGCCAUGGCAGAGAUUCCGAGGGCUGGAAUGCCACUAAACAGGCUAUCUUGACGGCAAAGAAGCACGCUCCUAGUGGCAUCCCGGACCUUGAUCUUGCUUUCACUCUCGCAACGUCAAUUCAAGGCGGGAUGGAGACAUCACCACGUCAAAUAUUAUGGCUGUUCGUCGCAGCACUGCACCAGCCGUCGUUCGUGGCCAAGGCUCAUCAUAUCCUCGACAAAGUUGUCGGCCGCAACCGUUUGCCCGGAUUUUCUGACCGCUCAAAUCUCAGUUUCAUCGAUGCUAUUGCUCACGAGCUGUUCCGCUGGCGUCCCAUAUCACCGGGCUCCAUUCCUCGCAGGGCAGAUCGUGAUGACGAAUUCCAAGGCGUGAAGAUAAAAAAAGGCGUCACGAUCAUGGCCAACGCAUGGGCUAUCGGUCGCGAUGAGCAAGAAUUUGUACCGGAACGAUGGAUUCUAGAAGAUGGCAAUGGGGCAGUAAGACUGCGAGCGGAUCUCCCACUGCCUGUAUUUGGUCAGGGCAGACGUAUAUGCCAAGGGAAAAGGGUUGCGACAGAUGGGACCUUCCUGCAGAUUGCUUGUCUUCUUUGGGCAUUUGAUAUCGAGCCCAUCGAAGGACAAGAGAUUGAUCCGUGGGCAAUGGUCGUGGCGGGGUUUAUGACAAUGCCGAGAGAACUGAAAUUCAAACUCAAGCCGAGGGGUGACUGGGUGGUGGACACCAUCAAAAAGGAAUGGGAUACAGUGGAAAAAAGUAUUGGGAAGGUCAUGGGUAUCAAGAGAGAUGUUGAAAAUUAA